GCUGCGCUGCGUCCCCCGGGCAAGCGGCCCGCGCCCCCCGCCGAGCCUCCAGCCAAGGCCGCCAAGGCCCCGGGCACCAAGAAGCCCAAGGCCAUCCGCAAGCUGCACUUCGAGGACGAGGUGACCACGUCGCCGGUGCUGGGGCUGAAGAUCAAGGAGGGCCCGGUGGAGGCGCCGCGGGGGCGCGCGGGGGGCGCAGCGCGGCCGCUGGGCGAGUUCAUCUGCCAGCUGUGCAAGGAGGAGUACGCCGACCCGUUCGCGCUGGCGCAGCACAAGUGCUCGCGCAUCGUGCGCGUGGAGUACCGCUGCCCCGAGUGCGCCAAGGUCUUCAGCUGCCCGGCCAACCUGGCCUCGCACCGCCGCUGGCACAAGCCACGGCCCGCGCCCGCCGCCGCCCGCGCGCCCGAGUCGGAAGCCGCCGCCAGGGCCGAGGUGCGGGAGGCCGCCGGCGGCAGCGACCGGGACACGCCGAGCCCCGGUGGUGUGUCCGAGUCGGGUUCCGAGGACGGGCUGUACGAGUGCCACCACUGCGCCAAGAAGUUCCGCCGCCAGGCCUAUCUGCGCAAGCACCUGCUGGCUCACCACCAGGCGCUGCAGGCCAAGGGCGCGCCGCCCGCGCCGCCCGCUGAGGACCUACUGGCCUUGUACCCGGGGCCCGACGACAAGGCGCCCCAAGAGGCGGCCGGCGACGGCGAGGCGGCCGCGGUGCUCGGCCUGAGCGCAUCCGCCGAGUGCCACCUGUGCCCGGUGUGCGGGGAGACGUUCCCCAGCAAGGGCGCCCAGGAGCGCCACCUGCGCCUGCUGCACGCUGCCCAGGUGUUCCCCUGCAAGUACUGCCCGGCCACCUUCUACAGCUCGCCCGGCCUCACGCGGCACAUCAACAAGUGCCACCCAUCCGAGAAUAGACAGGUGAUCCUCCUGCAGGUGCCCGUGCGCCCCGCCUGCUAGGGCGCACCGCACCCAGGCGCCCAGAACUGUGCCUUCCCUUGGAGACCCGCACGGAGAGCGCGCCCGGGCGCCCCACCCCCGGGUGAAAGUGUCCUCCUCGCUUCUCUUGGUGUGGCGUGAUGGUAACCCCGUCCUCUCGUGGUGACUCCUCCUGGACCCCCGAUUUGCGUUGUGUCCCCCUUCGUGGCGCCGCAGGAGUCCACCUCUUUCCGUCAGGGGGAGGAAAGCUAUACGCGUGUGUCUCGUGGUCGGACGCUUCCCCUCGCUGCCGGGCGAAGCGGUUUUUCUUGCUAGUAUUCACUGUGUUCAUGGUCUAGAAAUGCGGUUUGCUCUCGCCUACCAAUCUCCGCUCUCUGUGUGUGUAGCGUACGGGUUGUUUUGGGUGAAUCUUGAGGAAUAAAUGCCUUUAUAUUUCACAGGCUGUAAAUCGAACUUCCCCCACGAUUAGCUUUAUUAUGGCUUGUGAACUGCUGGAGUCUGGCUUUACCUUUUUGUAUGUGAACAAAUCAAAUUGCUUAAAAAGAGAGUUUUCUUUAGUAUAGCCACAAAUGCCUUGAACUGUUGUCUGUCUGGGACGUUUUGGGAGGGAGGGAAGGGAAUUUUCACAAGUUGCUGUAGUAACUGCCUCAGUAUCUCGCAUAAGGCUUUUUGGUUUGAUCAUCUUGAUUGAGGUAGGACUAUAUGAGUUCCCUCUAAGUGUAUAUUUUGAUUUAUGAGUAAUUGUUAUUUAUUCUUUAUUUAUUUAUAUUAAUUAUGAGAUGAUAUUAUUUGAUUGCAGAUUUUUUUGGUGCACUCUUCCUCCCUGCCACUCUUGACAUUUCACUGUGCAUUUUAGACAAGAGCCUUUUUUUCUAAAGGGAUCUGCUAAAAGUUUUAACUUUUAUACCUUUCUGAGGGAAUUACAGACAACCUACCAUUUUAUUCUGCUUGGAGGGCCCCCGAGGCCCGUGUACAACUGACAGCUCUUACUUUUAAAUGCAAUCUCUUUUCU